AUGGCCGUUGCUAGCGCCUGCGCGCAUUCUUUCAAGAUGAUCAAGUCCGACAGCACUCUGAUUCAAUGGACUUGCAACCUCUGCCACUCCGGUCCGCAUUGGUGGAUCUUCGAGUGUCGCUACUGCAAAAUCCACACCUGUCGUAGCAACCCCGUUGAUACGACUACUCAUUUUCCUCAUGACGGCGGUGCUCUGCCCUCAAACAGGGCAUGGCAAUACGCAUGCAACUAA